UAUAAGGUAACAAAGCAAACAGGAGUUUUUUUUGUGUGCAGAUGUGUGUGUCUUGCGAUGGGGGCGUGUCGACACACCGUUAAGGUCCUUCAGUCCAUCCAAAACUCCAGAAUAAUCCUGCUGCAUCGUGAACGUAAAACGAAGAACUAAGAAACAUCCUUACUUCCAAUGGCAGUGACGGCCUUAGAUUCAGGGGUUUUGGAGAAGUAGAGUACUUGUGUAACAGUACAACUUUAGACCGUCCCCUCGCCCAUACCCGGGCGCGAACCAGGGACCCUCUGCACACAUCAACAACAGUCACCCACGAAGCAUCGUUACCAAGUUGACAAGUGACGUGACCGACUGAAACGCUAUUUAGCGCGUACCUCCGCUGGCGAGCUAGCUAUUUCACAUCCGUUACACUUGGAACAUGGAAGUCGUUGAGCAGGAGUCUGAGGAGGCGUUUACAGGAUGGGUAAACGAUGGUAGGUGGGUGGUGAGUUAUCUCAAUACCAAAUCAUUUCUGGGUAAAAAAAAAUAAGCAGGGGCGCAACUUUGGUUUUAGAAGUGGUGGGGGGGGGGGACAUCACUUUUUAAUUACUAUUACUUAUUAUUACUUAAAACACUCCAAAUAGCCGACCCGACCACUCAGAGGUGUCCACAUGGUCCUAAAGCACACCGUUGCCUCAAUUAAAACUAGCGUCUUAGCAAAGAGCAAUUUCACAAGAAAGAAUUUUGCUCGGACUCUGGGAGUGGUCUGAGUGGAUGGGAAAACUGAAAACUAGCUGUUAUUGGCAGAGAGGUUUGGAACUCUCUUUCUUAUUGGUCUAUUAACUAAUUUACUGCAAGGUGAUGUCACAGUGGAACGCCAAAACUCCAUCCCACCAAAACAGGCUGAAAUGUCUGUUCUUUUCAAACAGCUCUUACACUAAAUGGGCAUUAUCAUAAUGUUCAUGAGUUCACAGUAUUACUUCAACCUCAUAGUGUGGAAAUAUACACUGCUCAAAAAAAUGAAGGGAACACUAAAAUAACACAUCCUAGAUCUGAAUGAAUGAAAUAUUCUUAUUAAAUACUUUUUUCUUUACAGUUGAAUGUGCUGACAACAAAAUCACACAAAAAUUAUCAACGUAAAUCAAAUGUAUCAACCCAUGGAGGUCUGGAUUUGGAGUCACACUCAAAAUUAAAGUGGAAAACCACACUACAGGCUGAUCCAACUUUGAUGUAAUGUCCUUAAAACAAGUCAAAAUGAGGCUCAGUAGUGUGUGUAUGACCUCCCUACAACGCCUGGGCAUGCUCCUGAUGAGGUGGCGGAUGGUCUGUGCCAUCCUGGAUGAGCUGCACUACCUGAGCCACUUGUGUGGGUUGUAGACUCCGUCUCAUGCUGCCACUAGAGUGAAAGCACCGCCAGCAUUCAAAAGUGACCAAAACAUCAGCCAGGAAGCAUAGGAACUGAGAAGUGGUCUGUGGUCCCCACCUGCUGAACCACUCCUUUAUUGGGGGUGUCUUUGCUAAUUGCCUAUAAUUUCCACCUGUUGUCUAUUCCAUUUGCACAACAGCAUGUGAAAUGUAUUGUCAAUCAGUGUUGCUUCCUAAGUGGACAGUUUGAUUUCACAGAAGUGUGAUUGACUUGGAGUUACAUUGUGUUGUUUAAGUGUUCCCUUUAUUUUUUUGAGCAGUGUAUAUGUAUAUAUAUCAAUAUACACACACACACUAAAUAAAAAGGGGCACAGUGCAUUAGGAAUGGACACAGUGAACAAAACAUUAAGAACACCUUCCUAAUAUUGUGUUGCACCCUCUUUUUCCCUCAGAACUGCCUCAAUUCAUCAGGGAAAUGGACUCUACAAGGUGUCGAAAGCGUUCCACAGGGAUGCUGGUCCAUGUUGACUCUAUAAGGUGUCUAAAGCGUUCCACAGGGAUGCUGGUCCAUGAUGACUCUACAAGGUGUCUAAAGCGUUCCACAGGGAUGCUGGCCCAUGUUGACUCUACAAGGUGUGGAAAGCGUUCCACAGGGAUGCUGGCCCAUGUUGACUCUACAAGGUGUGGAAAGCGUUCCACAGGGAUGCUGGCCCAUGUUGACUCUACAAGGUGUGGAAAGCGUUCCACAGGGAUGCUGGCCCAUGUUGACUCUACAAGGUGUGGAAAGCGUUCCACAGGGAUGCUGGCCCAUGUUGACUCUACAAGGUGUGGAAAGCGUUCCACAGGGAUGCUGGCCCAUGUUGACUCUACAAGGUGUGGAAAGCGUUCCACAGGGAUGCUGGCCCAUGUUGACUCUACAAGGUGUGGAAAGCGUUCCACAGGGAUGCUGGCCCAUGUUGACUCUACAAGGUGUCGAAAGCGUUCCACAGGGAUGCUGGUCCAUGUUGACUCUACAAGGUGUCUAAAGCGUUCCACAGGGAUGCUGGUCCAUGUUGACUCUAUAAGGUGUCUAAAGCGUUCCACAGGGAUGCUGGUCCAUGUUGACUCUAUAAGGUGUCUAAAGCGUUCCACAGGGAUGCUGGCCCAUGUUGACUCUAUAAGGUGUCUAAAGCGUUCCACAGGGAUGCUGGUCCAUGUUGACUCUAUAAGGUGUCUAAAGCGUUCCACAGGGAUGCUGGCCCAUGUUGACUCUACAAGGUGUCGAAAGCGUUCCACAGGGAUGCUGGCCCAUGUUGACUCUACAAGGUGUCUAAAGCGUUCCACAGGGAUGCUGGCCCAUGUUGACUCUACAAGGUGUCUAAAGCGUUCCACAGGGAUGCUGGUCCAUGUUGACUCUACAAGGUGUCUAAAGCGUUCCACAGGGAUGCUGGCCCAUGUUGACUCUACAAGGUGUGGAAAGCGUUCCACAGGGAUGCUGGCCCAUGUUGACUCUACAAGGUGUCUAAAGCGUUCCACAGGGAUGCUGGCCCAUGUUGACUCUACAAGGUAUUGAAAGCGUUCCACAGGGAUGCUGGUCCAUGUUGACUCUAUAAGGUGUCUAAAGCGUUCUACAGGGAUGCUGGCCCAUGUUGACUCUACAAGGUGUCCAAAGUGUUCCACAGGGAUGCUGGC